AUGGGAACAAAGUUUAGAGCAGCAGUUAUUUUCCUUUUUCUUUCAUCCAUCCUUCUUCAACUGGUGUUUUCUGAAUCCAACAAUGGAUUCGUUAGAAUUGGACUGAAAAAGUUUAAAUUAGAUAAAAACAACAUGAUCCCUGCUCGACUUAACCCGCAACUACUGGAUUCUCAAAAUGCUGGCGGCAUUGUAAAGUUAAAGAAUUUCAUUAACGUGCAGUACUAUGGUGAGAUUUCAAUCGGUACACCACCACAGAAAUUCACUGUGCUUUUUGAUACAGGAAGCUCUAAUCUGUGGAUACCUUCCUCAAGAAGGUGCUACUUAUCUGUAAGUUUGAUCAUAUAUCAUUCAUACAAAUCUCGUCGUUCAACAACGUAUAAAAAGAACGGAACAUCUGCUAAAAUACGCUAUGGUUCAGGUUCAAUAGCUGGUAAAUUUAGCCAAGACAAUGUUUUAGUUGGUGGAUUAACAAUCAAGAAUCAGGACUUUAUUGAAGCAACGAGACUGUCCGGUUUUGUAUUUUCCAAGUUUGACGGCGUUCUUGGCCUUGGAUUUCCGGAGCUAGCAGAAGAAGAUGCUGUUCCAGUAUGGUAUAACAUGAUGAACCAGGGACUGAUUCGGAAUCCAGUGUUCUCAUUUUGGCUUAAUAGAAACGCAAAAGAAGAGGAAGGAGGUGAACUUAUGUUUGGUGGGAUUGAUCCAAAGCAUCACAAGGGGAACCAUACUUAUGUCCCUGUGACCCACGAGGGUUAUUGGCAGUUUGACAUGAGUAAUGUUUCAAUCAAUGGUCAAUCAAUAGGUGUUUGCAGAUCUGGUUGUUCUGCAGUUGUGGAUUCUGGAAGUUCUUUGUUAUUAGGUCCAACAGCUGUGAUUACCAUGAUAAACCAUGAAAUUGGAAUCACCGGAACAGUAGUAAGUCAUGAAUGCAAGUCAAUCAUUGAAGAGUAUGGACAAACCAUUCUGAAAAUGCUCCUAAGAGAGGUUAAGAAAAUUUGUUCCCUAAUUAGAUUAUGUCCAGUAAAUGGAACUAAGCAUAUUGAGAAAAAUAAUAAUGGAAGAAAAUCAGACGUUUUCGCUAUAGGUAUGUGCAGUACUUGUGAAAUGAUAGUUGUGUGGAUGGAGAGUCAGCUAGCGAGGAAUCAAACAAAAAUUGAUAUUUUAAACUAUGUUAAUAAGGUCUGUGUUUCACUGCCAAGACCAUCUCAAAUAUCAUCAUUUGUGGAUUGUUCGCAAAUUUCCUCAAUGCCUAAGGUUUCGUUUUUAAUUGGUGAUAGAAAUUUUAUUCUCUCAUCUAAAGAGUAUAUAAUAAAGUUUGGAGAAGGUGAUGCGCAAGAAUGCACAAGUGGUUUUAUCUCAAGAGAUGUUUCUCCUCCUUAUGGACCUUUCUGGGUUUUGGGGGACAUAUUCAUGGGUCGUUACCACACUGUGUUUGACUAUGGAUCUUCCAUAGUUGGAUUUGCAGAUGCUGCUUAA